CUGCGGGGCCCUGGGCCAGGGCCCGGGGAAGCGCCCGGGGAGGGGCCUCCGGGGCCGGGGGGCACGGGUGGAGGCCCGGGCCGGGGCCGCCCCUCCUCCUACCGGGCUCUCCGCAGCGCCGUGUCCAGCCUGGCGCGCGUGGACGAUUUCCACUGCGCCGAGAAGAUCGGGGCCGGCUUCUUCUCUGAGGUCUACAAGGUUCGGCACCGACAGUCUGGGCAAGUCAUGGUGCUGAAAAUGAACAGACUCCCCAGUAACCGGGGAAACACGCUACGGGAGGUGCAGUUGAUGAAUCGGCUCCGACACCCCAACAUCCUAAGGUUCAUGGGGGUCUGUGUGCACCAGGGGCAGCUGCACGCUCUUACAGAGUAUAUGAAUGGGGGGACCCUGGAACAGCUGCUCAGCUCCCCGGAACCCCUGUCCUGGCCUGUCAGGCUCCACCUAGCUCUGGACAUUGCCCGCGGCCUGCGGUACCUGCAUGCCAAAGGUGUAUUCCACCGAGACCUAACAUCCAAGAACUGUCUGAUCCGACGGGAAGACCAAGGCUUCACGGCUGUUGUGGGUGACUUCGGGCUGGCUGAAAAGAUUCCUGUGUAUAGGGAAGGGGCAAGAAAGGAGCCAUUGGCUGUGGUAGGUUCCCCGUACUGGAUGGCUCCAGAGGUGUUGCGGGGUGAGCUGUAUGAUGAGAAGGCUGAUGUCUUUGCCUUUGGGAUUGUUCUCUGUGAGCUCAUUGCUCGAGUACCUGCAGACCCAGAUUACCUACCCCGUACUGAGGACUUUGGCCUGGAUGUGCCUGCUUUCCAGACCCUGGUAGGGGAUGACUGCCCACUGCCCUUCCUGCUCCUGGCCAUCCACUGCUGCAGUAUGGAACCUAGCACCCGUGCUCCCUUCACUGAAAUCACCCAGCACCUGGAAUGGAUUCUCGAGCAGCUGCCUGAGCCAUCCCCCCUCACCAGGGCUCCCCUGACACACAAUCAGAGGUCUGUUUCCAGAGGGGGUCCUUCUGCCACACUUCCUAGGUCAGACCCCCGGCUUUCCCGAAGCCGGUCAGACCUCUUCCUGCCCCCAUCACCAGAAUCACCCCCCAACUGGGGGGACAAUCUGACUCGAGUCAACCCCUUUUCACUCCGGGAAGACCUCAGGGGAGGCAAGAUCAAGCUGUUGGACACACCCAGCAAGCCAGUCGCCCCUCUGCCCCUUGGACCACCAUCACCACUGCCCUCCACCCAGCUGCCCUUGGUGACCACUCCAGAGACCCUGGUCCAGCAUGGGACACCUGCCCGUCGCUGCCGCUCGCUUCCAUCAUCCCCUGAGCUUCCCCGACGUAUGGAGACAGCACUGCCAGGUCCCGGGCCCCCCACUGUGGGCCCCUCGGCUGAAGAACGAAUGGAGUGUGAGGGCAGUAGCCCUGAGCCAGAACCCCCAGGACCAGCUCCCCAGCGGCCUCUGGCCGUGGCCACAGACAACUUCAUCAGCACUUGUUCCUCGGCCUCCCAGCCCUGGUCCCCUAGAUCAGGACCUACCCUUAACAACAACCCCCCAGCUGUGGUGGUGAACUCCCCACAAGGCUGGGCUGGGGAGCCCUGGAACCGGGCCCAGCAUAGCCUGCCCCGGGCGGCAGCCCUGGAGCGGACAGAACCCUCGCCGCCCCCCUCAGCUUCCCGGGAGUCUGACGAGGCGCUGCCCUGCCCUGGCUGCUGCCUUGGCCCUUUCAGCUUUGGCUUCCUGUCCAUGUGCCCCCGCCCCACACCAGCUGUUGCCCGCUACCGCAACCUGAACUGUGAGGCGGGCAGUCUCCUCUGCCACCGAGGGCACCAUGCCAAGCCUCCCACACCCGGCCUGCAGCUGCCUGGGGCACGCUCUUAGCAGUAGAGACUUGGUCUCUGGCCUCCAACCUUGGCCUUCAGGAUGCCCUGUGAGGACAGAGCACACACGUUGGACAGCGCCAGCCCCAGAUGGGCUGACCGGCUCUUCUCCCCAUGUAGGGGAACCUCAGCAUGGACUCAAGGGACAGAACAUUUCCUAUCUAGCCCCUGGACUUGCUCUCCCAUGGGCGAUCACUGAACCAGACAAAGCAUUGCUGACACAUGAGAUUAACACGUGCAAAUUAUUUAAAAAUAUUUCAAUAAAACUGCCUGGCUGGCUCCGGGCUGCCCCUAUCCA